CCGCCGCGCUCGCCGCCCUCCGGCUGUGCGCCAAAUUGAGGCCUGCCGUUUCGAUGGUCUCGCAAGCCGCAAGGUCCACCGAGAGUCACCGACGGCGAUUCUGGCCCGAACCCGUUUGAUUUCCGGGGUGGGCAGUGGGCUGUGUUUCGCCUCAAGCCCAUGCAAACCGUCGAUGAAUAGGCCUCCAGUCUCCACACUCAAGGAGGCCCCUCAGUCCGCAGUCCACCAUCCACCAUGUUCCCCUCCAUCUGCCGGCGGCGGCUCGUCUUCCUCAUCCGCCAAAUCCCCGGCGACGGCACAAGCCUCUUCCAGUCCAUCCCUGACGCCAUCCCUCUCGCCCGCAGCUACUCAUCAACCGCCGUCGCCGGUGCCCCCAACUCCGCGCUCUGCUCCGCCGCCGCCACAGCCUCCUACCUCGUUUCGUGCGGCUUCUCCACCGCCGACGCCGCCACGCUCACCACAGCCCGCAACUUCCGCAUCCGGUCCCCUGAAAAGGCCGACGCUGCCCGCGCCCUCCUCCGCAGCUACGGCUUCACCGAUGCGGACAUCGUCCGAAUGGCCCGCAGCUACUCGAUGAUCCUCAACGCCGAUCCCGAACGGAUCAUCCGCCCCAAGCUCGACUUCUUUGCCGCCCUUGGCUUCGAACCCGGCAAGCUCGCCACCGCGCCCUUCGUCCUUGCGCGCAGCCUCGACAAGCACAUCGUCCCUUGCAUCCAGUUCCUCCGCGGCAUCAUCGCCAGCGACGACCUCAUCCGCCUCGGCUUCUCCCGCUGUCCCCGCGCCCUCAUGGUGGACCCCGAAAACAACAUGCGCCCCGCAGUGGAAGCACUACGCCGCUGCGGCCUCCCAGAUGCGGCCAUCUCGAAACUUCUUGUCAUCCAUAUGGGUGUGCUCAUGCUUUCGCCGGACCGCAUCAUUCAAAUCUUCCAGGACCUCAAGGCGAUCGAUAUGUGCGUAGAGGACUCGCGCUUUCUCUACUGCUUCCGUGUAAUGAGCAGCGUUAAGAGGGAGACAUGGCUGCGGAAGUUAGCCUUGUACAAGAGUUUAGGGCUGUCGGAGGGUGAGGUGAUCAAGGCCUUCAAGACGCAACCAACAAUAUUGCUUUCUGCCGAUGAGACUAUAAAAAAGAAGGUCCGGUUCUUUGUGGACGAGCUGAAGCUUGAAAUAAGUGAUAUAGUGGAGAGGGCUGUGACUCUAGCAUAUAGCAUGGAAAAGUGCAUCCUGCCAAGGUGUGCCGUGCUGAGUGUGUUGAUGAAGGAGGGGAAGAUUCAGAGAGAUAUCAAUUUGCUUCCAGCGUUGCUAGGCAGUUCCAGGGCUUUCUCGGCCAGGUUUGUAUCGAGGUAUGCUGAUGAUGUGCCAGAUGUUGUUAAGGCUUAUGAGGGUAAGAUCAAAUUUGAAGGAUUUGGAUAUCACAGUUGAUAUGUCCAAUAGGCCGUACGAGGAUAAGAUCAAAUUUGAAGGAUUCAGGUAUCACAGUUGAUAUAUGUCCAAUAGGCCAGGGUCGUCUAGAAUGCUAUAGCUAUAGAUUAUGUUUAUGCUCAGUGCCAAUGUUUGAAGUCAAGGCAUGAUCAGUGAUUCUAACACUGCUUCAGAGGAUAAUUUUGUGCCUUUGUUAGCCCAGGUUCACUAUCUUCUACAUUUAUAAUUUAUUGGCAACCAUUUUGCAUGUUGUGGCCUAUUAAGCUCUAGAAACAUUGAAGAUGGCGUGCUGUUCUUGAAGUUCCUUGAUCUGGUAUGUUCAACUGGUUCGUUUAAUUGUU